AGUAAAAAAACUGUUAGAAAGAAAGAAAAAGAAAAACUGAUGAUGAACACAACAAAAAUAUCAUCAUCUCCAAAACCCCAAUUAAACCCUAAUCUUGAUGAAAUCACACAAACCCUAACAAAAAUCCUCACAAAUCCAACACAAAAUCACACAUCUUUAUCAUCAGAAAUCUCAAAGUUCAUUCCUUUUUUAACCCCAAAAAUCAUCCAAACAAUCAUUUCCUCCAAACCCCUGAGAUCAAACCCCCGAAAUCUUUUAACUUUUUACAAAUUCAGCCAAACCCAUGUCUCAAAUUUCACUAUUUCAUCACUCCCUUCAUUCUUUAUUGUUUUACAAACUCUUUUUGCCCAUAAUAAAUGGUCAGAUGCCAAGUCUUUGCUUGUCGAGUUCAUUGCAGCGGAUAAGGGGCGGAUUCUAUUACGAAAGAUUCUCCGUCCUGGCCGAGACGUGGUUAAACCGUCGAAAGCGCUUUACGAUACAGCAAUUGGGGCUUAUGUGCAAGUGGGGUUUCCUUAUUUUGGCAUGAUUUUGUUUAGAAAGAUGAAAAGGUUGAAGCUUUGCCCGAAUGUGAUUACGUGCAAUACAUUGAUUAACUCGAUGGUAAAACUCUCGAAUUCUCGUUCUAUUUUGUAUUGUAGAGAGGUUUUUAAUGAUGGUGUUAAACUUGGGGUUGUCCCAAAUGUGAAUAUGUUUAAUAUUAUGGUUAAUGGUUAUUGUUUAGAGAAUAAGUUUAGUGAUGCUAGGGAUUUAAUGAUUAAAAUGAAGGAAUUUGAUUGUGUUCCGGAUAAUGUAACAUAUAAUACUUUGUUAAAUGCUUUAUGUAAGAAAGGUAGGUUAAAUGAGGUUAGGGAAUUAUUGUUGGAAAUGAAGAGUCAAGGGUUAUUUCCGAAUCGUCAUACGUAUAAUACUUUAGUUCAUGGGUAUUGUCAAAGAAGAGGGUGUUUGACAGAAGCUACUCAUAUUUUGGAACUAAUGACACAGAAUAACUUUUUGCCCGAUGUUUGGACUUACAACACGUUAAUUAGUGGACUUUGUGAUGAGGGGAAGAUUGAAGAGGCGAUUAGAGUUAUUAAAAAGAUGGAGGAAGCAAAAGUGUUACCGGAUGUGAUUACUUACAAUACGUUGAUUGAUGGUUAUUUUAAGUGGGAAAAUAGUUCUGAGGCGAUAAAGUUGCUUGAUUUGAUGAGUGAAAGAGGAGUAAAGAGAAAUGAGGUUACCUAUAAUAUAUUAAUUAAGUGGUAUUGUAAAGAAGGUGAUUUGGAUAGAGCCAGUGAUACGGUAAAGCAUAUGGAAACUAGUGGAUUUGGCCCUGAUAGUGUAACGUAUAAUACUUUGAUAAAUGGUUAUUCCAAAGCGGGUAAUUUAAGAGAAGCAUUAAAGAUUUUGAAAGAAAUGAGCGGGAGAGGUUUAAAGAUGGAUAGUUUUACGGUUAACACCGUUCUUCAUGCUUUGUGUUUGGAGAAGAAGAUGGAUGAGGCAUAUCAGUUACUUGUAGAUGCUAAAAGGCGGGGUUAUAUUAUUGAUGAAGUAAGCUACGGAACUUUAAUAGUUGGUUACUUUAAGAAUGAAAAUGCUGAUAAGGCUUUAAAGCUUUGGGAUGAGAUGAAGGAGAAAGAGAUUGUUCCUAGUAUUGUUACAUAUAACUCGAUUAUUGGAGGGCUCUGCAAGUCCGGAAAAACCGAUCAAGCAAUGGUCAAGUUGAAUGAACUAAUUGAAAAUGGAUUGUCACCAGAUGAAACCACAUACAAUACGCUUAUUCUCGGGUACUGUUGGGAGGGAAAUGUUGAAAAAGCAUUUCAAUUUCACAAUGACAUGGUUAAGAACAAUUUUAAACCCGAUGUAUACACUUGUAAUAUUCUUCUCCAUGGGCUUUGCAGUAAAGGGUUGGUAGAGAAAGCCUUCACCCUUUUCAACACAUGGAUAACUAAUGGAAAACCUGUAGAUGCAGUAACCUACAAUACAUUAGUAUCAUGUUUGUGUAAAGAGGGGAGAUUUGAAGAUGCCAUGAAUCUUGUUACAGAAAUGAAGAAGCAGAAUUUAGGGCCUGAUAAGUAUACGUAUAACGCUGUUCUUAGUACACUUACUGAUGCUGGAAAGCAUGUGGAGGCAGAGGAAUUGAUGUCAAAGAUGAUUGAGUGGGGUAAUAUACCUGAUGAUGUAAGCUCUGCUGGAGUUCCAGAGGAAUUAGAUACAAGUUCUGUAGCUUAUUCAGAAGAGAUUGACAGGCUAUGCAAAGAAGGAAAAUAUAGGGAUGCAAUGCGUCUUUUUGGAGAAUUGUCAGACACAGGUCUGGCUGUGAAGAAGUCUUCUUGUAUCAGUUUGAUGUGUGCACUCGUCAAGAGAGAAGUGACUAGCGCGAAUGCUAUUUGAUUGCAAAAGUCAAAGAACUUUCACAGUUGAAUAUUUAAGCGAUGGUAUUUGGACCGCUCUCUAGACAUUGGUUCUUGUAGAACAGUCAACCUUUCAAGAGACAGUUCAAAUAUUAAGCUGGUCAUGACACAUAUUGGAAACAUGUUGGUAACUCUUAUUAGAGAGAGAUGCGCGCACACACACACACACACACACGAGAAGUGAGAACAGAUCUAGCUCAGGAAAGUUAAAGCCCCUUUGAUUAUAAGUGCAAUUGCAUUAUUGGUGAAGUCGUUAACCAUGACAUUGACGUGGGUAUUUUUAGGGUUGAGGCAAGACAUGUCAAUGUAUGAUAAAAUGAUAGUUGAAAAAAGCGUUUUAGCAGGUAUGGUGGGACAUUCGUUUGGCAUUGGGGGCAGUAUUUUAUCUAUUCGAUGGUAUUUUUCGUUUAGGAAAACAGGCUAAAGAAAAUUUUCAGUCGUUGAGAAGUAUAUAGAGCCAUUUUGUUUGGUGUUUUUCUUAUAUUGUAAAUUUCAGGUAUGGGUUCCAACCCUUACCUUUUAUGAUUAGGAUAUGCGAUUUAGUUCUGGAAA